AUGUAUGCACCAUCCCCGGCGUUGGAGUCGGGGCCUGUCUCCCAACUGCCGCGUGCCUUAACGGCGGGGGAGGGUCCUUCCCUGGACAUUGCCCCAACGACCCUGCAGACGUCAGGUGCUGCUACAAGCGGUGUCCCGACGCUUACGGAGAUGGAUGGUGCCAACCAGUCCGUUCGUGCGUGGGGAGGACGCUCUCAGGAUGGUGUCCCGGCUCAGCUAAUGUCAAGUGCUGCAUACGAUGAAGCUUUUGACGAGCAUAAUUGA